UCAUAACCACCAACCAUUUGCAGUUGAAUCAUAGAAGAUUCAAACAUGAGAGUGACACCAGUUUUAUGUUUCUUUCUUCUGUUAUUCAUCGUUCUCAUGUAUUCAGCUUAUGGAAGCACACUUAGUGAAGAAGCACAUUCACUAAAGCAGCACAAGGACAUGUAUGGUAUGAUCGACAGAUCAGGCAAACAGGACAAUCAAAGAAGGCAUCCAGCAUUGCAUAUUGUCCAUCAUAGAACAACUAUAAAGAGAGCCAAGGCAGUCUAUGGUGGUGCAAAUGACAUAAGGCAUCCACGUGGCAAGAGUAGUGCUCAGUCCUUAUCAAUCAAACACUCAUCCUUGUUCAUGGCAGCUUUCAGGCAUCUAAUUGUCGGACUGCUACUUGCUAUCUGCUUCUAUUAAAUUCCUGUUGAAUCUACGAGCUCUAAACUGAAGGGCUAUUGUACUGUGCUACCUUCCUAAUUUUCAUUUGCUUUCUUAUACUCUUGCUCUUGGCUUGUGGUAUGUAACUAAAUUUGAGAACUACGGUGUAAACCAUCCUUUUGAUAUGAACUUUUCCUUUCUUUUU